CGCUCGAGAUUCUUUUCUUCGACCGGACCGCCGCGGAGUUUGCAGACCGUGUAGUCGUCGUCGUCGCGCAGCCAGAUCCAGAAGGUGUUCUCUCGAUUUUUUCCCUGCGGUGGUGUGUCAGAUUGUUCACAAAGAGCCCAGCACAAAACUCCAAAACAUGGCGACAAAGUUGUACCGCUGUUGCUGGAGAAGUUGUUUGUGCUAGGAAAAAUUGUGGUGCGGCGUUGUUGGUUUUACUUUUCGCUUCGGAUCGAUCGACCCGAUCGGUUGAUGGCUGCUGGAAGCAAAAACGGUCGAAAGUGUCGCGAGUGAAAUUCGGUUCAAUCGGUUUGCGUCGCGGUCGAAUUUUCGGAAGGAGUUUCCGGGAUUUGAUUUUCACGGACGGGUUCCGAUUCUGUUCCCGAAACUGGAGUGUUCGCGUUCGGGAUUGAAAAGUCCGAUUUGGGUGCAGUCGGCACAGAAUAAGGUGCGGUGGAAGAGAACCUGAAAACAGGAUUGCUUUGGUUUGUCGCUGGGGUGUGAUUCUUCAGGCGCUUCUGACUUCGAUAUUUUGUGAGUUUGGAGAGAAAGGACGGAAGAAGAGAAUAAAGGAAAGGAAAAAACGCAACAACAGCAAAAGGUGGAAAAUAGCCGUCAUGUGCGAAAAAUAGUUCGGUUUCUGCCUUAAUUUCGAUCGUUGUGAAGAAGGGGGUCACCCGGAAAGCACCCGGGAGUGAUGUCUGUGAGCUGGAAAAACGGCCAUUAAUAAUUUAUAUCCAUGCGGGAGGUGUGUAUGCGAAGAAUUCUAUGAAGUGUGAAAUCAAUUGAAUAUAAAAAAUAGCUGGAAGUGUAGAUUUCUGAUCCUUUCAUAAAAGCAGGAAGUGAUUCUGAAUAAUCAGAAUAAGAAGUGCGUAGCUGACAGAUGUGAAAUUGAGUCCAUAAUACCGGAACCGUCGCCUAUUGCCAGUGUGAGAAACAAUUCCGGAGGAUACACCCGUCUUCAACGUCGUCGACGUGUCCCCAAAGCUCUCCCUCCUCUCUUCCCGGUUCUUCCUGGAAAUUGCAACACCUCUACAGAAAAUCGCACAGCAAGAAGCGAACAUUCAUCUUCCAUUUUUCCACAAUCACCAUCAUCAUCGCCAUCCAGAAGAGAGCAGAGACCAACAGCAGCAGAAAGGCAGAAAAGUUGUGCUGCACUCACACAGUCUCACCAUAUCUUCCUCCCAGACCCCUCGAGGCCUAAAGCAGUCAGAACGGGGAAAAUUGCAUCGUCUGUUGUUGGGCCAUAACAUUUACACAAAGGGAUUUCGUAGGGAGCAGCUCUGUGCGUUUCCAACAACGUCUAUCGGUUGUUAAAUUGAGCCGAUUCAGCAAACACGAGCAAAAAUCCUCCCUCAACUCAACCGGAAUCAACUUUACACACCGGAGAAACCAGCAGCGGUACUACAACGAUCCGGCCUCCGCCCUGCUGCUGUCGAAUAACACAUUCGGUGCUCUCAGUCGUUCGUCGUUUUUCUCUCGUGAUCUCUCCGCAAAAGGACGACUCCGACAAUAAAAACAACAACAACAUCCCUUUUCCACCGAACGCACUGCCGCUGAAAGGGAAGGGUCGUCCAAAGACACGGAGACAAAAACAACAACACCCAGAGCGAGCGGUAACCCCCCAUAAUUGGUGGAAACACCCGGGCCGGGAGGAGAGCCAGAGGGUGUAGUGCGGGUUCCAAAUUGGUUCAGGAAAUUGUGUUCCAGAAUCAACUAAUCGAAGUGACAAUAAGCAGAACACGGACGGGUCUCCCCCAAUUGGGAGCCGGCCUCUCGUGUGGGCACCUUCGAUCGGAACGUCGCCGUUGCUUGCUGUUUUCGGGGGAAUAGCAAUAUUGUCGCGUAGAAAGUGCUGCUGCUGGGGCUCCCUGGCACAGACAGACGGAAGCAAUUAAACACACAUACAGGCACGGUUCUGUUCGGCUGAAACGGAGCGCACCGUAGAGAAUGAUGUGCGAACAAAGCAUAAUCAGUGCCCGCGCCUCGGUCAUGGUGUACGACGAUGGCCAGAAAAAGUGGAUCCCGUCGGGCAGUUCGUCCGGCCUGAGCAAGGUGCAAAUUUUUCACCACCAACAGAACAACACAUUCCGGGUAGUGGGCCGUAAACUGCAGGACCACGAAGUCGUCAUCAACUGCUCGAUCGUUAAAGGACUGAAGUACAAUCAGGCAACGGCCACCUUCCACCAAUGGCGGGAUUCGAAGUAUGUGUACGGUUUGAAUUUUUCGAGCCAUCAGGACGCGGAAGCGUUCGCCCGAGCCAUGAUGCACGCACUGGAGAUUCUGAGCGGUCGCGUUCCACCGCCAUCGAUGGUGACAAACUCGAAUCAAAAUCCGCUGGCCUACGAGGAGGACAUGGGCUAUCGCACAAUGACUCGCGAAGAUGCCGCCAUAAUGCAGCAACAGCAACAGCUGACCGGUGGCCAGCAGCAGCCACCACAGCAGCCAGUGCCACAACCGCCGGGAGGUCCGCCCGGUUCGGUUGGUAUCCUGUCGCCUCAGACGCCCACAUCACAGGGUAUUCCACCGGGAGGGCCGAUUGGCGGGGGUAUGGGUGGGAUGGGAGUAGUGCCCAGUGCCGCUCAAAUUAACCAAGUGCCACCACAGCAACAACAAAUGCAGCAACAGCAGCAGCAGACUCAUCAUCGUACCAGCAGUGCGCCACAACCACCCGCUCUACCACCGCAGCAGCAGAAACCCAUCUAUGCAUCACAGCAAAGUAAUUCCAGCACCAACAGUAUUACCUAUGGAAGCAACUCGCAACCACAGUAUCAGCAGCCUAUUUACGUAGCAUCGAAUCAACAAAAUCAAAUUAUGAACCAGAUGGCCUCGCAAAUACCAGCGCCACCGAUGCCGAACGGAGCGAUUUACGCCACGGCUACCUGUUCGCCGAACACCACCAACAGCACGAACCCGAUCUACGCGGGACAGCAGGUGAUGCUACCACCGGGACAGCCGACCAACUAUGGGCAAACGAAUGGUACCCCGUAUAAUGCCCAGCCGCAGUACGGUAUUCCACCGGUUCCACAGAUGCCAAUACCACAGAUGCAGCAACAGCAGCAACCGUCACCUCAGAUGCAGCAGGCGAACGCCCCACCGCAAGCACCACCACCACCGAUGCCCCCGGCAUUCUCGCUUUCAGCGCCAUCCAACGUUCCACAACCCCCAGCACCGCCUUUACCACCGGCCAACGGGGGAGGCGGUGCGGCACCACCUCCGCCACCGCCACCCCCUGGCGCCAACCUACUUGGUGCUAAGGGAUCCGAUGCCGGUAUCAACUCGCUGGCCCUGCAGCUGGCCACCGCCAAACUGAAGCGAAGUCAACCACCCAAGUCGGCCCCGGCGCCCCCCGUUUCGACCACCGUGACGGAAAACAGCGGCAGCAGCACCUCUAGUGGAGGUAGUGGACGAUCAUCCUCCGGAAUGGCCUCGAUGAUGGACGAGAUGGCGAAAACGUUAGCUCGGCGGCGAGCUCAAGCUGAAAAGAAGGAGCCGGACUCCACCGAGGACGGGCAAUCGGGCGCUUCGAAUGGUCGCCAACGGGCGUGGGAAAAGUCCAGCACCCUACCGCACAAGCUGGGUGGCAGCAGUCAGAACAAUGCCAACAGCAACAACACCAGUCUCAGUGGAUCGGAGUCGCCAAAACCGUCGCGGAAGCGGUUCGGCAGUGCCAGCGAAGAAACGAUACUCAAGCAAAUCAACGGCGACAGCUUUUCGCUGCCCAGUGCGGUAGAGCUGGAAAACUUCAAGGAGGAAAUCCUGCGAGAGAUGCGGAACGAGAUCGCGAAAGCGAAACAGGAAAUAAUCGAAGCCAUCAAAUCGGAAUUCAACCGGAGAGAUCACCGCGAGUCGAAAGUAUGCGCGCCACAAUCCAUCGUCAUGAAUGAUCAUCUGAACAUGCUGAAUCCAGUCGCGCUUGAGUUCCACGUCCAGUGAGAAGGAAGUCCGUUUGCGCUUCCUCUAACGCUUCUACAC